UGCUCAUUUCACCUUCCGCACCUGCGUCCAUGUGGUCUACCCCCCGCAAGGCUGCUUGAGAUGCUCGCUGCUGCAAGCAACCAUGGCCGGAUUCAUCUGCUUGGGUGGAGGCCAUGGGCGGAUUCAACCUGUCCAUGGAUGGAUUCAUCUGCUUGGGAGGAGGGGAUUCUUUUGCGCCAUGGGUGAGCUGCUAGCGGCGUCAACAGGGACAGCGGCGGCGGUGGUGGGCGGUGACUGUGGGGAGGAUAGUUUUGGGCGGCGACGGCGAUGGCCUCCAGGAUUUUUUGCUGCAUAGAAUUUUUGCUGGAACCAGCAUUUGACUUUGCUACAACCGAGGAGGAUGGCGUUGGGACGGCGAUGGCCGGCAUGAUUUUUUUGCUGCAUUGAUAUUUCAAUUUUGCUGGAAACCUUUUCAAUUUUGCUGGAACCGUAUCACAAUUUUGUUGAAACCAUGUUUAGUUUUUGCUGGAUCAUAACAUUGUUUACUAGAAACAAUUUAUAGUUUUUGCUGGAACCAUAUCGCUUUUCUGCUGGAACCAUAUUGUUUUUUGCUGGAACCAUGUUUUUUUUGUUUCAAACCGGCGACAUCCUGCUCUUCGUGUUUUUUUUGCUGGAACCACCUCUCUGUUUUGCCGGAAUUGGGGUCGAAGGGUGCUGGGACUGGUGAACUCAUGGUGGUGGAUCGCGAUGUCACAUGCAGUUGACUGGCGAUAACUAUUUUUUGCAACUUGUGUUGUGUUUGUUUGCUGGAACCAGCGGAUCCAAUUGCUGGAGUCGGUGAAGCAUUUUGCUGCAACGGCGAAAUCGAUGGUGCCAGACUGCGUCGUCGUCUUUGCUGGAAUGAAGCUGUCGACGACGAGGCGGAGAGCAAGACUCCGGCAGCUGUGCGGGUGGGGGGCAGGGAUGCGAGGGAUUUUCGCGAUCUGGUGGGCCGCAUCUUUUUUUUUUCUCUCGUGCGUGUUUGGAUGCGAGAUGUGGGGGACAAAACACUCCUGAUCUGACGGUUGGCAGUUAGCGUAGCGGACGCACGGGAUGCGACCGGCCGAAACUUUCGGCCGGCGCGCCGGUGCCUAUAAGCUCUAGGUGAUGGUUAGUAGUUUGUGGGUGGAGGCGGCCCAUAGUUAUUUGGAGGCCUGUCCACUCCCGGAUACCCAGCCCAGCCCAGCGCCGCCGACGCCCUUCCGCGGACAGAGCACGAGACGGCGGAGCGGGGUCCUCCUCCUCGUCGGCGGCGGUUUCCUCUCCGGCGGUGACCUCCUCCUACCCCCACUCCCCACUUCCUUCGGAGUUUGAUGGAAGAUCUCGGAGCGUCUCGUCCUCGCCGGCAACCAUACGGCGCUCCUCGCACUGACGCUGCCCAAACGGAGGGCCCAGAUCUCCCGGAGGUGCCUUGAGUUUCAAGUGCAUUGCAUAUCCAUCAUUUUACCUGCUGUGUAUUGGGAUCUACUCCCUCCGUUCCUAAAUAUUUGUUUUUCUAGGCAUUUCAAAUGACUACUACAUACGGAUGUAUGUAGACAUAUUUUAGAGUGUAGAUUCACUCAUUUUGCUCCGUAUGUAGUCACUUGUUGAAAUGCCUAGAAAGACAAGUAUUUAGGAACUGAGUGAGUAGCAGCUAGCUGUUGGGCUGUAUAGUAUCUGCUGAUUGCAUUUUGCACUGUGUGUUUACUCAUUUGUAGCACAUCAUAUCUUGGUUAGCAAAUGCUUGUUGACUAUGCCUAAAUUAAGUAGGAACGGUCCCUUCGGGGACAUCCGAUAAAUUAAGUAGGAACGUACUAGGUGGCGGUGCUCAACAUACAGCACAUUCCAAUGCAGGCUGCAUCUUUGUGACAUUGUGCGCUUUGUGCGAUCACACGCGUGUAUCUUACAGUGCCGAUUCUGAACUUUUCUCGGGCGCUUUUGUGUGCAGGACGUCUGGCACUAUAUACAUUCCUUGAUACCGCUGAGAGAUGCUGCCCGAGCCACCUGCGUAUCUCGGUCCUUUAUGUGUUCCUGGAGAUGCCAUCUCAACCUCAUUUGGAGUAGGGACACUUUGGGCUUGGAGGCAGAUGUGUUUGAAAAGAUAACAGCUAGAGAUUUCAGAACCAGAAUCGACCACAUUCUGAGCAAACCAUUCGGGCACCGGGUGAGGAAGCUCAGCCUUUUGGUUGGUUAAAAAUUACAAUACGAAGGACCAUCAUUAUAUCAUCGAAUGGAUUCAGAAAGCAGUUACACCAGGGAUUGAAGAACUCGCCCUUUGUCUGCCUACAAUUAAUCUGGCAUCAUUGUGCCUAUGGUCAAUUCACCAAUGGUAUCUAGGAAACUUGCUGACCUGAAAUCUGUGAACCUCUCUUGGAGAAUUCCCCUUUGGUCGGGGCUUUUACUGCUCUUCUCUGGUUUCUAUCUUUCGUGCUUCCUCAUGCUGGAACCGUUAACUGAAUGAAGGUUGUCUUUUCAUCUCUAGGUAUCCAAUGACCUCAUGCUACAUGUCUUAGUUUUGGGAGAUCCCUGGAUUUCCAGAACCAGUGGUCUCUUAUCACCAGCGAAUAAGAUGCUGGUCGAGCUAACAUGCCAUAUCCUCAGGGCCUGGUCUCAUGCCAUAUUCUUGGAGUGCAACGUCAUAAUGUUAGCCCAGAACUACUCGCUAGCACUCGAGUAUACUGAUAGAUGACCGGUGGAAGAGCAAAGUGAUGGUACGCUCAGGCUCUCUAGGCUAGUACGCACACACACACUAGUGAAGCAUGCACCGAUGGAGCUACACUUGAGAAAAGAUACUACUUGAAUUGAUCGGAGUGGAAUAAGUUACAUCGAUGGAGCACAGCUCCUUAUAUAGUGGUCACGACUCAUGAACCGACCUAAGCAAAAUAUCUGCUAGAUAUGAAGUAAGCACUUGCGUCACAUACUAGCUUAUCUAGUAAGCUUCGUUUCUACUACUACUGCCUUAACUAGUAAGGAAUGCAAAAGCUGUUGCUGCCGACCUGCAACUUCUAGCCAUGCAUGCAUCGGAGACAGGGUUGGGCCUACACAUAACAGGGGCAGAGUAAUGCCAAAUGCUUGAAAUGGACAUGCUGGUCUCAUGCCAUAUUCUUGGAGUGCAACGUCAUAACAGGGGCAGAGUAAUGCCAAAUGCUUGAAAUGGACAUGCAUAGAGAACACUCUACAGCCGAAAAAUAAACUAAGGCCAAGCCCGCUUUCCUCAAUUUUGGUCGAUUAUGCUUUUGAAGAUUGAACACUAGAUGCCAUUGUCAAGCAGUAUGGUGGUUAAAGGUACUCUUAGGUUGUUAUUCGUUCAUUUCAUAUUUAUUUAUUUUGACCUCCAUGCUAAAAUGAAGUUAGGGUGGUCUCCAGAACAAGGAAAAUGUCGCAGAAAAUGUAAUCCUAUUUCAGAAUGCCCUAGUUUCAUGGUAAAUGACAUAUAUUAGCUGUAAAGGCGAACAAUAAAACAACUUUUCUGUAGUGUGUAUUCAGGAACUGGCAGACAAUUGCCUAUGUAAAACCUCAUUCGCUUCUAGGAGUAGGAAAUCCUAAAAAUCUGUAUCAUAAAUCAAGACAGGGAAUCAUGGACGCAUAUGCCACACUGGCACAAAUCCAAAGAGCUCUAUCAUCAUAAAUCGUGUACACCUAUUCUCACAAAGAAGUUCAAUAACUAGCAGGAAAGGGAGCAUUGUACCCUUUCUUUUAUUUUUAGCUUUAUCUCUCAAUCCUGCAACCGGCUAGCUACAAGCAAAGGAUUGAUUUGUUGCUUUACCAAAGGAAAAGGUGUAAGGCGCUAGCAGGAGAGGAACACUUGCAAUUUUUCUUUGUCUCCUUUGAUGGCUUUUAUCUUCAAAUCCUGCAGCUACAAGCAAAGGAUUGAUUCGUGGCUUUACUAAAAGAAAAAGAAAAAGGUGUAAGGAAUAACACCGCCUUGCUUGUCUAAGGCAUUUCUACAUACACUACACUUCCUAAGUUUUGCUCUCUGUCCAGCUUGUAGUCGCUCCUCAACCACAUUUGGCUUCUAUCUGGCUACUCUCUGGAUGGUACCAAUUAUUCAACUGAAGCAAGAAACAGAUCGACAAGAAAUUUAUCUGCUGGAGCUUGCAAACAAGAUUGACAAUUGAUGAGUGUAAGCCCAAAAUGAAAUAAAUGUAGUGGCUGGAGAUCCACAGAUCUGACAGUUAAUCAUGCGAACUGAGGUUAUAAAGGCGGACACCAUUGAUGCAGCUGCUGAACGAAUUCUUGAUGAACUCAAAAACACUAGAAGCAGAGAGAAUGCCAUCUACUUUGAUGGCUGGGAUGGCCUGGGGGCAUCUGCCGUCCUGCGAGCCGUGGCCCAGCGGCUGGCACCAAAGGAACAAACAAGGCCCCCAGGACUGGAGUUUGAGCAAGUCAUCCACAUUGACUCCUCAAAGUGGGAGAGCAGAAGAGCGGUGCAGAGGGAAAUCUCAGAGCAGCUGAAGCUUCCCGGUUGGGUGAGGAAGAUGUUUGACAAGCAAGAUGAGGAUGAUGAUUUCAGCGGUAUGGAUCAAGGCUCUCGCACUGAGAUAGCAGAAGUCACGGCUGAGAUCCAUAGGAGCAUGCAGAGCCGCGGGUUUCUUCUGGUUCUUCACAACGGAAGCAGCGAGGAGAUUGACACAUUUAACCUCGGUCUUUCCCUAUAUGGAUACUUGAGUAGCAAGAUGCUUUGGACCUUCCAAGGGAGGUUUCGGCUCGACCCCAAGCUGCGAGACAAGGUUGUGGCAAAGAACACAACUGAUGUUCUUCUCUCAGCUUCGCGCUCUAAGCGAGACCCACAAGAUCUCUGGUCCUAUCUACUUCUUGAAGAAGCUAAGGACGUCUCCUGCAAGCAUGGCCUGGAUCCUGCAACUGUUGCUGAGUGCUACUCGUACAUGUUGGAGCGGAGUUACAUGAGCCAAAAUAUCAUUGACUAUGAGUGGACUCUCCAUGCGAGUAAAUGGCACUGACAGUCAUAUAACUUGUGCGUUGGGUGCACUUUAGUCACACUACUCACAAUCCGGAAAUACUGGUCACAGAACUUGUGCUUCGGGUGCAAGUUGGUCAAAACUGACUGACUCCGUUAGUUUUUUUGCAGCAAACCCCCAAAACUGAUACGGGCUUUCCUUGCGGGAAAAACACCACGGUAGACGCAGACAAGGUAUUCGAUGAAACGACGGACGGCAGUGCCACGUUCUGGUGCCCCGCCACCGUGCGGGAGGGGCUCUGUGAUUGGCCCUAGCUGGCGCUCACCCGCGAGCUCCCACUUGGCUUCCUAUACCUGCCGGUGCUAAGUUACAGAGCGCCCCGAUAGCAUGUCGGCGAAGGAGAGGAAUAUGAUGUCGCCGCUGAA